GGUAAUCAGGUCAGGGUUCAGGUCUGGGUCUGGACCACUGGUCUCAGGUCAGGGUUCAUGUCAGGGUCAGGACCACUGGUCUCAGGUCAGGGUUCAGGUCUGGGUCAGGACCACUGGUCUCAGGUCAGGGUCAGGACCACUGGUCUCAGGUCAGGGUUCAGGUCUGGGUCAGGACCACUGGUCUCAGGUCAGGGUUCAGGUCUGGGUCAGGACCACUGGUCUCAGGUCAGGGUUCAUGUCAGGGUCAGGACCACUGGUCUCAGGACAAGGUUCAGGUCUGGGUCAGGACCACUGGUCUCAGGUCAGGGUUCAGGUCUGGGUCAGGACCACUGGUCUCAGGUCAGGGUUCAGGUCUGGGUCAGGACCACUGGUCUCAGGUCAGGGUUCAGGUCUGGGUCAGGACCACUGGUCUCAGGUCAGGGUUCAGGUCUGGGUCAGGGCCACUGGUCUCAGGUCAGGGAUGGGACCACUGGUUUCAGGACAAGGUUCAGGUCAGGGAUGGGACUACUGGUCUCAGGUCAGGGUUCAGGUCUGGGUCAGGGCCACUGGUCUCAGGUCAGGGAUGGGACCACUGACCUCAGGACAAGGUUCAGGUCUGGGAUGGGACCACUGGUUUCAGGUCAGGGUUCAGGUCUGGGUCAGGGCCACCGGUCUCAGGUCAGAAAUUAUUCAAAGCCUUUACCACAGGUAUCAGUCAUUACAUCAUUCCUUUACCACAGGUAUCAGUCAUUACAUCAUUCCUUUACCACAGGUAUCAGUCAUUACAUCAUUCCUUUACCACAGGUAUCAGUCAUUACAUCAUUCCUUUACCACAGGUAUCAGUCAUUACAUCAUUCCUUUACCACAGGUAUCAGACAUUACAUCAUUCCUUUACCACAGGUAUCAGUCAUUACAUCAUUCCUUUACCACAGGUAUCAGUCAUUACAUCAUUCCUUUACCACAGGUAUCAGACAAAACCCACAACCACACCGUUAAUAAUAUAUCAUAUUUAGCGCUUUAAUCCAAAG